AAUGAGCAUCACAGACGUCCUUAGCGCUGACGACAUCGCAGCAGCCCUGCAGGAGUGCCAAGACCCAGAUACUUUCGAACCCCAAAAAUUCUUCCAGACAUCGGGCCUCUCUAAGAUGUCGGCCAGUCAGGUGAAGGAUGUUUUUCGGUUCAUAGACAAUGACCAGAGUGGAUAUCUGGAUGAAGAAGAGCUUAAGUGAGUUUUGUCCUGAGCUUGCUUGCGUUUUUUCCUCCAGAAGUUCGAGAGUGGUGCUAGAGAGCUGACAGAGUCAGAAACCAAGUCUUUGAUGGCAGCUGCAGACAAUGAUGGUGAUGGGAAAAUUGGAGCUGACGAAUUCCAGGAAAUGGUGCAUUCUUAAAAGCCCCAGGCUGUGGAGACAAUCAGCCAGAAGGUCUCCAAAGCCCCAGGAAUGGGAAACACCACUUCCUCUCCCUAAUUUAUUUAUUCACUCCCCCACCUCCACCCCCACAAGUGCUUCUGCAAUUUACUCUUGUUUUAGUGAGGUAAUAAGACAGUCAUUCAUGAAUUUUCGAUGGUCAGUAUGCCCUGAUGACUCUGUAAGGCCCUCGGCAGACAAUGCCUUUAAAAUUCAUCCAAUAAAGAUACGUUUCUCAUCA